AUGGCAACAACAACUGCGAUGAAUGCGUCGAUAAUGAUUACAGAUCUGGAUGGUGAAGGUGCAACAGUUGAUUGUCGAGCUAUGGGAUGGGUCUCAGGCAUAGAUGAUCCAUUGGAUUUGGAAGUUGAAGAUGAGGCAGAAUUAUUGCCUUUUGUUCAUGAUGAAAUUAGCUAA